UAAACCCAAGAGUUUCUGUCUUCUGACUAUCAGGAUGAAGGUGAGUAUUGCUCUGCUGAUGCUGUGCUGUCUGUCACUCACUAAUGGACAAACUGAUGUGCAAGAAGAAAACAUCCUGCCAAACAUCUGGGAAGAGGUGAGAGAUAUAAGAGACAUGAUGGUGGAGCUCAGAGUCAAGUUGGAAAUGGUGAUGAAUGACAAUUCAAAAAUGGCAGAACAAAUACUGGAUCUGAAGAAAGAGAAUGCAGGGCUAAAUGAACACAUGAAGGUCAGUGAAACCCAGCUGGAAGCGUUAAAGAAAAAAAGUGCAGAACAACCUAAAGUGGCAUUUUCAGCUGACUUGGGGAUCCGUGGCAAUGAAGGUCCCAAGACUACUGAGAUCACACUGGCAUUCAACAAUGUCUUCACAAACAUUGGAAACAACUACAACUCAACAACAGGUUUCUUCACGGCACCAGUUAAAGGAGUCUACUUCUUCAGAUUCACUAUAUGUGGUAUUCAAAUCUACCAGUCAAUGGGUGCAAAUUUAUAUAAAAAUGGUCAGAAUAUUGUGUCAGUGGGACAAUGGCUUUAUCACAAUCAGCACCGAUAUGCAUCAAAUGGAGCUGUCUUGCAGCUGGAAGUGGGUGAUGUCAUUUGCAUGAAGCUCCUCCCAGGUUACACCAUCUAUGACAGUCCAGGAAACCUCAGCACUUUCAGUGGAUUCCUCAUUUACCCAUUAUAGUGAUCGACCACUGAACACUGACAAAACAUGGACGCUUUUAGGAUGUUCAUUCUAUAACAGAAGACAAAUUCACUUUUAGUUUCACAUUAGUUUUGAAUUUUAAUUAAAUAACUAUAAUCUACAUAACUGGUUGCUCUCAGAAAAUUCACAAAAAUUACACUCAAUGAAUCUGACUCUGUACCAAGGAAAAGUCAGUAAAUAAUGAUUUUACAUGCUUUUGUUUGCAUCAACUAAAAUUUACAUGCCUAAAAACCUCUGUAUCUGCUAAAAUAAAAUUAUAAUAUUAGUUCAUUAUUAUUAUACUCUUAAUACUUAAUACUCAUAGAAAUACAUUAAUAUUUUUUUUACUAUGAAAUAAAAGUAUUAAGGCAUUUUAUUUUAUUUUUUAUAAUUUAUUUCUGUAAUAUGUUUAGGCUUCUAACCUUUAAAAUGAUGUAUCUGUGAACUGUUUUGUUUAAAGUCUGAUGUGAAAUGUGUUGUAGAACUGAACUUAAAACAGUAAAUAAAUCAUGCAAUGUUUUAGUUUAAAUAAUAAUAUAGUAUAAUACUGCAGUGCACAAAUACAACACAAAAUUGUUAUAAGUCAACAUGGUAGAAAAAGCAAAUAAAUGGAAUAAUUGUUGUGCUGCAGCUGCUUCUGAGUUGCCGUCAGGUUAAGAAAGUGCUGAUUACGUCUGGGGUAGGGUUACACGCGAUCCUAGGGCGUCAUUUAACUGACGCUAAAGGGCGCCUAAAGCGUCAGAUAUUGAAGCAUGGUCAAAUGCUUCCCAAGGCGUCAGGUACGUGACGCCUUGGGGUGAGAAUGGGCUGUGAUUACUUAUGCUUGAACAUUCAUGAAUUGAAUUAAAUGUACAUUCAUUCUUAUUAAUGCUAAUUAAUGUUUUCAGAGCAGA